CUACACAGUAUCCUGAUUUUUAUCACCACCAUAAGCCAUUCUGUUCCCACUUUUUUUUCCCAUUUCAGUAUGGCUUCUGUGACUUGUCAUUUACAGACCAUAUGCUUUCCUGCUAAGAUGGGGGAUUGUGGUAAGAUCCUGGGGAGGUAAUGCCGGGAUCUCUGGAGGUAAAUCUCCCAAGAUAACACUUCCUUGGUCUUUCCUCCUCUAGAUGGGAAACCCGUGUCUCUGUCUCCCCUGGAGUCAAGCCCACAGUCCCAGGUACACCGCCUCCAGCCAACGGGAGCGGGAGAGCCUGGAAGUACGAGUGCGAGAGGUUGAGGAGGAAAACCGUGCUCUGCGCAGGCAGCUCAGCCUGGCUCAGGGUCAGAGCCCUGCUCACCGCCGUGGGAACCACUCCAAGACAUACUCCAUGGAGGAGGGAACAGGGGACAGUGAGAACCAGCGAGCUGGCAUUGUGGCAGGCAACAGCUCUGAGUGUGGGCAGCAGCCGGCUGUGGAGAAGUGUGAGACCAUCCAUGUGGCCAUCGUCUGUGCCGGAUACAACGCCAGCAGGGACGUUGUCACCCUGGUGAAAUCCGUCCUCUUUCAUAGGCGGAACCCUCUUCACUUCCACCUCAUUGCCGAUUCUAUCGCGGAGCAGAUCCUGGCUACUCUCUUCCAGACCUGGAUGGUGCCUGCAGUCCGAGUAGACUUCUAUAACGCUGAUGAGCUCAAGUCUGAAGUGUCCUGGAUUCCCAACAAACAUUACUCUGGGAUUUAUGGCCUGAUGAAGCUGGUACUGACCAAGACCCUACCUGCCAACCUGGAGAGAGUCAUUGUCCUAGACACCGACAUUACCUUUGCAACAGACAUCGCAGAGCUCUGGGCUGUGUUCCAUAAGUUCAAAGGUCAACAGGUCCUGGGCUUGGUAGAGAACCAGAGUGACUGGUAUCUUGGAAAUCUCUGGAAAAAUCACCGUCCAUGGCCAGCCCUUGGAAGGGGCUAUAACACAGGAGUCAUACUACUGCUUCUGGACAAGCUUCGGAAGAUGAAGUGGGAGCAGAUGUGGAGGCUGACAGCAGAGAGGGAACUCAUGGGAAUGCUGUCUACCUCCUUGGCUGACCAGGACAUUUUCAAUGCAGUCAUCAAACAAAACCCCUUUCUGGUGUACCAGCUUCCCUGCUUCUGGAAUGUGCAGCUGUCAGACCACACCCGCUCUGAGCAGUGCUACAGAGAUGUGUCCGAUUUAAAGGUCAUCCACUGGAACUCCCCCAAGAAGCUCCGUGUGAAGAACAAACAUGUGGAAUUCUUCCGCAACCUCUACCUGACCUUCUUGGAGUAUGAUGGCAACCUCUUGCGGCGGGAGCUGUUUGGGUGCCCCAGCGAGACUGAUGUCAACAGUGAAAAUCUUCAGAAGCAGCUGUCUGAGCUGGAUGAGGAUGACUUGUGUUAUGAGUUCAGGCGAGAGCGCUUCACUGUCCACAGAACCCACCUGUACUUCCUGCACUACGAGUUCGAACCUUCUGCUGACCACACAGAUGUUACCCUGGUCGCUCAGCUCUCCAUGGACAGACUACAGAUGUUGGAGGCCAUCUGUAAACACUGGGAGGGACCCAUCAGUCUGGCUCUCUACCUGUCGGAUGCAGAAGCCCAGCAGUUCCUCCGCUACGCCCAGGGAUCCGAGGUGCUCAUGAGCCGGCAGAACGUGGGCUAUCACAUCGUGUACAAGGAGGGUCAGUUCUAUCCCGUUAACUUCCUGCGCAACGUGGCGAUGAAGCACAUCAGCACACCCUACAUGUUCCUAUCCGACAUUGACUUCCUGCCUAUGUAUGGACUCUAUGAGUACCUCAGGAAGUCUGUCAUCCAGCUUGACCUUGCCAAUACCAAGAAAGCAAUGAUCGUCCCAGCAUUUGAGACGCUGCGCUACCGACUCUCUUUCCCCAAGUCAAAAGCAGAGCUGCUGUCAAUGUUGGACAUGGGGACCCUAUUCACAUUCAGGUAUCACGUAUGGACGAAAGGCCACGCACCCACAAACUUCGCCAAGUGGCGGACUGCCACCACGCCUUACCAGGUCGAGUGGGAGGCCGAUUUCGAGCCAUACGUUGUUGUGAGGCGGGACUGCCCCGAGUACGAUCGGAGGUUUGUCGGGUUUGGAUGGAACAAAGUGGCUCACAUCAUGGAACUGGACGCGCAGGAGUAUGAGUUCACCGUGCUGCCCAAUGCCUACAUGAUCCACAUGCCCCAUGCUCCUAGUUUCGACAUCACUAAGUUCCGCUCCAACAAGCAAUACCGAGUCUGUCUCAAAACCCUGAAGGAAGAGUUUCAACAGGACAUGUCCCGACGCUACGGCUUUGCUGCCUUGAAAUAUCUCACGGCUGAGAACAAUAGCUAGCACCACGGAGGCCACCACUAGGGAGAGACAUGCCACAAUGGAAGAGCCACUUCCUUCCUGGGGCCCAACUUUUGAAGACUCCAACACUGCUUUUCUUUGGUUUGUUUCCCUUUGUCUCUUUGGCCCCACAAAGCUGCUCUCUUCCGAGAUCUUGGACAGAGACCCAGCCCACCACGAGUGCUUCCAGAAUGGGACAUAGAAGGUGUGGAAGCAAAUGAAGAGUUAACAGUUUACCACAAAGCCACAGACCAAGUCAGGGUUUCUGGAUGUUCCCAUUGCUCUUUAACAAUCAUGGGUCAAACCUUAGCUGUUGAUGAAGUAAAAGCAAUAAAGUUCCCUACGAUGGAAAUUUACCCUGCCGCCUAGCUGGAUUCCCAUAGGGAGAGCAACUCAAGGAACAAAACAAACUUCUGGAGACUCUCAUAGGGACAUUAGACAUGCAGGGACCUGGAGGAGGGAUGGAUUGGUUCUUUAUUCUCAAAGUCACUCUUGUUUUUGUUUUGAGUUUUUGAAUUUGGGGGAUUUUGAUCUAGUAAUUCAAGUUUUUUUUUAAAAAAAAAUGUAAUCCUUAAAGCUCUAAAAGAAAAAUUAGCUCCCUCAAUCAACAACCCUCAACAUCAGUGGCCCUGCAAAGACAACCAUCCUCAGAGAACGGUCGCGUGUGAGCAGCUUCCUUCAUGAUGAACCCUGAGAACAAUCUGAUUUCAAGUUUCUACUCACUAGAUCCAGGGCUAUCACAGGGACUACAGAAAUAUGAAGCCAAACACUAUAUGCAAGUCACAUUUUCUAUGGACCAUGACCAAGUCACAAGGAAAGGGCUUCAUGGAACUACUUCGACACUCACAGAAGGUAUGAUCCCCUUCUUAGGCCUCUAGAGGAACUUGAACAGUUCGCAGAAGUCCAAUUUGAACACCCAUAUGACUACGUUGAAGCCACUGGAAGAAGUGGGUCAGGUAUCUCCGUGUUCUUCUCUGCCUCACUGUUGGAAGUGAGAGAACUGAUGAACUUCGUUUCCCCUCAGGACCUGUCCGAGUGUUGGCAAGCACCUCCUCACUGUUCAUAUGGAACAAACACUGGACCCAUUUUCUUUACCCUUCACUAUUACUGCUGUGUUUACAUUGAUGAGAACAAGAGUUAAUGGCCUACCCUCUACUGGGCUGUUUAUAUUGAGUUGCCAUGUGACCAGCAAAAGCUGCAUUCAAUAAAUGAAAAUACAGACUGUUUCUUC